AUGGAGGCAAAGGAGGGACAGACGUGGACGCCGGAGAGCUGGAAGGCGCUGCCCAUCAAGCAGCAGCCCGAAUAUGAGGACAACGAGGCCCUCGCCAAGGCGCUGGCCAAGGUGCAGAAGCUGCCUCCGAUCGUCCAUCAGAUGGAGAUCGAGAAAUUGAAAACCUAUCUCGCACAAGCCUGUGAGGGCAAGAUGUUCCUCCUUCAGGGAGGAGAUUGCGCGGAGAGGUUCGACGAGUGCUGCCAGGAGACGAUCGAAAAGAAGUUCAAGAUCCUCCUGCAGAUGUCGCUCAUCAUUAUCUGGGAGUCGCGCGUGCCCGUCGUGCGAAUCGCACGCAUGGCCGGUCAGUUUGCCAAGCCGCGCACGUCCAACUGGGAGACGACGCCCGACGGGCAGCGGGUGGCCUCCUACAAGGGCGACAGCAUCAACGGCUUCGACAUCAGCGAGCGCAAGCCCGACCCCGACCGAUUGGUGCAAGCGUAUUUCCACUCGGUGGCGACUGCGAACUACCUGCGCGCGAUGAUCACGGGCGGCGUGUCGGAUCUGCACUCGGCGCCCGAGUGGAAUCUCGACAAUGUCCUCCGACCGGAGACCAAGGAGAACGAGUCGCUCCGCGGGGUGUACCUGUUCUCGUCGCACGAGGGCCUGAUCCUGGACUACGAGGCCGCGCUGACCAAGCUGGUGAAGGACUCGCACUACAACCUGGGCGCCCACUUCCUGUGGAUCGGCGACAGAACGCGCCAAAUCGACGGCGCCCACAUCGAAUACUUCCGCGGGAUCGCCAACCCGAUCGGCGUCAAGGUCGGCCCUUCCACCGCGGACGAGGAGCUCGUGAGGCUCAUCCAGAUCCUCAACCCCAACAAGGCAAGCCUUUCCCGCUUGUGUCGCGAACCGGGCAAGCUCACGCUGAUUACCAGGUACGGCAUCGAUAACGUGGAGCAAAAGCUGCCCGGCCACAUCAAGGCCGCCCAGAGCACCGGCAUCCCUGUCUUGUGGGUGUCGGAUCCUUGUCAUGGCAACACUGAGUCCACCAGCGACGGUAUCAAGUUCCGCAACAUCGAGAAGGUGAUGGGCGAGAUGGUCAAGGUCUUCCGCAUCCACACCGAGAACGGCAGCCGAUUGGGCGGCGUUCACCUCGAACUCACCGGACUCAACCCGACCAACCUGUCCACCAACUACCAGAGCUUCUGCGACCCGCGCCUCAACUACACGCAGAGCCUCGACAUGGCCUUCUGCAUCGCCAGCGAGGUGAAGAACAGCCGCACAAGCGCCAAACAGGCCUGCCACAACCACUCCGUCGAGCUCUUCCACAACCGCUCCGGACCGAGUGGCGCCGCCCCUCCUCGUGAGUACUUCUACUGGGUCGACCUACGCGGGCACCUGUACUGCAUCGACAAGGAUGCCACCACCCUCCCGCGCCAGAACGACCCGGCCUUCCUGCGAGACGGCCGCUUUCUCAACUUCUUCUGGCGCCAGCUGCAGCUCAACACCCCGACCAGCCCAGGCCGGGCAAGGCAUGGGGCGGUCUAUCCGUACGUGUCGCCUUGCGGGCGGGAGCUCAACUACGUGCGCGCAGCGGAUCGGCCGAUCGCCUUCCACAGCCUGCAGACGCUUCCCUCAGGAGAAUCCGUAUUGCUUUAUGCGCACGACUUGAGCGUCCCUUUCGACCCCGCAGCUCCCGCCGAUCGCCGAACGUGA